AUGUCGCUUUGGAAGCAUAUUAUAGAAUGGAGGGGUGGGCUUGGGCCAGCAGUGCUGGUUCAGGUGCGUACAGCAACUAAGAGGGCUGCAGGGUCUCGUACAUCGAUGAAAGAUUCAGCUGGUCGUCGGUUAGGUCCUAAGAAGUAUGAGGGUGAAGAAGUGAGGCCAGGCCAGAUUAUUAUGAGACAGCGUGGUACGAAGUUCUUUCCCGGGGAAAAUGUUGGGAUUGGUAAGGACCAUACUAUUUUUGCGGUGGAGCCGGGGUUUGUUCGGUAUUACUGGGACCCAUUUCAUCCAGGGCGUAAGUUUAUUGGGGUGGCAUUGACGUCUGAUCUGAGGUUACCUACGCCUCACUUCGAGCCACGGGUACGGAGGUUUGGACGGAGACUUAUUGAAGAUGAAGAGGCAGCCAGGAAGGAAGAGGAAGCACUGCCCAGGAAGACAUACCUGUUGCGUGAUGGCAUUCUAGAAAAACAAGCAGAGAGGGAGCAGCAAAGGGAAAAGCUUAAGGAAAGCUAUAAAUCUAUUUUGACAGAUGAGUUGAAGUUGGAUUUGAAGGAUGGGGCUCUCGAAUUUGCGACCCAGUAUUUGGUACGUGUAAGGAACUGUUUAAAAAAUGGGUUUGGUGUUGACGACGCCCAAUUUAAUGCAUUAUACUAUCUGCAGAAUGAACUGAAGUUCGAGGAUGCUCCAGUGGAGAAGCUAAAGCUGCUAAAGCAGACUACGGACGAGUUAAACAAGUCGACUUCGUUUGACAAUAAAUUGCAGUUGACGCGGUAUAUUUCAGAUGCAGAGAAGCAAGCUUGGAAGAGCAAGUUGUACAAAGACUUUAGAUCUAUGGAGAUCGCUACUAAAGAGGACAAACAGCGUGUAUUGGAAGGAUUGUCUGAUGCAUCUAAGUAUCUGUCUCUGUCCGAGGAAGUCAGAAUACGCAGAAAAUUGUUUAAGCCGGUUCUUUCGGAAGACAAAGCCGUUGUAGACAAACCGGGGAAGGGCAGAUCCGUUAUCAAACGUUAUAAUUAUGAGAGAGGUGGUGUCGAUGUUGUUGUCAGAUCCAAAGAUGCAUUUUUGUCCAACUUGUAA